CCAACCCCGCGGCCGGCUGGCUGCAGGCGCGCUCCUCGCGCAAGAAGCGCUGCCCGUACAGCAAAUUCCAGACGCUGGAGCUGGAGAAGGAAUUCCUGUUCAACAUGUACCUGACCCGCGAGCGGCGGCACGAGGUGGCGCGGCUGCUGAACCUCAGCGAGCGCCAGGUCAAGAUCUGGUUCCAGAACAGGAGGAUGAAGAUGAAGAAGAUGAACAAGGAGCAGGGCAAGGAGAGGACAGAGGGGCAGAGCGCCCGACUCGGCCCAAAGCGCGGCUCCUUUUGGGGCAAGGAGUGA